UCGCCGCGUAAAGUCUCAAACACGAUUACAUAUGUAAUCGACGCACCUUCGUUGGAAUAAAUCAAAGUGGACGGUUACAUUGAAUCGGCACAGUUCACUGCGGUUCAAACUGAAAGUUUCUGCUUUCGUGGGCGUUGGUUGCCAACUUCUGUGCCACCGCUUCACUUUUUUUUUUUUUUUUUCUUCCAGGAAGCGCCAACUGCGUAACAACCCGCUCGCGCCGCGUUUGGAACAAAACGCCCAAUCUGCGGUGUUAACCUGCGAUGUUUGUGUGGCUCUCUGUCCGCGGCCUGUAAAACACAGUGAUGCAAUUAGAGCCCCCCAGUUCCCUGUCGGAUCGAUACAGUUCCCAUUAACAGGCUGCAUUAACGACGUUCAGAGUGUGCGUGUGUUUUCUGUGCCUGCCUGUGGUCAGACUGAGUGAUCAGACUGAGUGAUCAGCUGAUUGGUCAGACUGAGUGAUCAGCUGACCAAUCAGACUGACCCAUCAGCUGACCAAUCACGUCUGGUCAUUCUCGUGUUCAGAGGAAGCUCGCAGCAAACUUUUGAAAAGCUUUCCUAAGAAAUUCUGUGUUCUUUUCUAUGGCGGCAAAUACCUGAUGUGUUUUUGGCUACUGAUUAUUUUAUUUGGGUAAAAUAUGAAAAGUCACGCUACUUUUAAGUACCUAUCUCUGACUAAUAUAUUAUUAUACAGUAUGCUGUAGUAUUGAUAAUACUGAUGCAUUCAUGUGCAAAAUUUUACUGUUCCUGUUGCGAUAAAGUUAGUCUUGAUACUUAAUAUAAUGGAGGAAGCCAAGUUUGAAAUGUUUCCUUUUUAUGAAAUAGUUGAUACAUUUACAUUUGCUUACUAUUAUUUUAAACAGUUAAUUAAAGGAAAAUAACUUGCGGGGGAAAUUGUGUUGUUUGAGUAAUUGCUAACAACUCAUAGACAUCACAAAAGCUAUAAGGGAUCCCCAUCAGUUACUACAUUAAUGUGACAGUGAAUUUCCUUUUAUGAGAUUAUAAUAUGUGUUUUUAAUCUGUGACCUGGCUACUAGCUGUCUGAAAUGAGUAGAAGAAGUAGCACACUGCUGCCUGUCAGUAUCCCGACAUUCCUAAUCUCUUUUACAUGAGCGCCAUGAGAUCUUUGUUUCUGAAAAUGUGAUGUUCUUUAAGCACAUUUUGGUUUGAUCUGACCGUGUGAAGGUGAUUCACGUGCACUCAGCCUGCAGUUACACGCCCCCUGGGACGGUGAGGGAGAGAACAUCAGUGGAAAACAGGAAUCACAGUUUUUUUAGCUCAGUCAAAUCAAAUAAGAUCCAGUGACUGUAAAUGCUCUAACAUCCUGCUGGGGUUUCCUGCACUUUGUUGUUUUUUGUUCUCAAUUCUUACGAGGGAAACAAUGCAAAUAGCCCAUAUUUUUGUAUUGCAAUUAUGGCACAUUUAGAUCUUUGUGGCAGAUAUUUAACUGGUGCUAUAUAUAGUUAAACAUUUUAGGUGAAACUGGCGAUUCACUUUCUGGCUGACAGUUAUGAGAGGAGAUCAAUACCACCCUCCUGUCUGUUUGCCAAAUAGGAAACCGCAUCCACCAGCUAGUUAGCUUAGUUUAACAAUAAUAAUAAUUUUAUUUGUAUAGCACCUUUCAGAAGUAGCUUCACAAAGUGCUUUCACCAAAACAUACGAAUCACAGACAAUUUAAAUCAGCAUUCCAACAAUAAUAUGGUCUUCAGGUCACAUAUCUGAUAUAAAAAAGACAAUAUAAAAAGAGGGCAUCACAUAAAAGUAAGUCGGUAGAAGUGGGUUUUAAAAAGUGACUUAAAAGAAGGCAUAGACUCUGCCAGCCUUGUCUCCUCACUGUAAAUAUAUAAUAACAUAUACACACGAAGACUGGAAACAGGCAGGAACUGUUGGCCUGGUUAUGCGGAAAGAUAAAAAAAAAAACCACCAGCACUAUAUACUGUUUGUUAAAUUGGUACAAAACUGAAUAGUAAAAGAUGUCAAGUUGUUGUGUUGACACACCAGGAAGUCACUGCUCCGACCCAACAAAUGGUCUAAUGUGUCACUUUUUAAAAUGUGUCUUUUUUAAUAUAGUGUGUUAGUUACUGUCUUUUUUUGAGGGCGCUUGUUGAUGGCUGUUGUUCCCCUUGGACAGAGCCAGGCUACAUGCUAAGACAGUUAGUUGCUGGAUUACACAUUUACUGUACAGACAUGAGAGUAAAUGUUGAAAGUAAAUCUCUAAUCGCAUUUCCCAAUACGCCAAAGGGUUAGUUUGAUUGCAAGACGUGAGACGAGACACGUUCAGUCUGAUGUUGCAACGCACGUGGACGCCCGCAGACCAGUCUGCCGCCUGCAGAAGUAUGAAUUCGACCGAGAAGUAGAAAAGGGCUUCAUCUACCCGCCGCAGUCUCCCGCAGUGAAGCGAGAUAAACUCCCUUGGGACAGAGCCGACCUCAGCAGAGAGAGACGAACGAGCCGACCGAUUCAUUUUCCAUUGUCUUGUUGCCGUGGUAACUUGCUGAGAUUCGCUGGAGAAACGCGCCCUUGCCAAGCAAGUUUAACGCUUCCACUCAAUCACUUCCCACGCCUGCUGCCUCAAUAUUGACUGAGGCCGGCUGAGGAACAGGAACAGCACCGCCGCUUCUCCUCCAGCCCCCGGUUUCAAAAGUUGAACAUAAAAGCCAGAAACCUGGAUUAAUUGAAACAUGAGACGACGGGUUCAUUACCGAGGGCUGCUGCGUACUGUACACAGUGGAAUGUGGGACGGAGUCGUUUCUGCUGUGCGGUAAGAGGAGCAGGGGGGCAGGCCACAGUCCAACAACACUGGAACAGAGCUAACUAGCAACAUCAGCAAAGAUGGAAAACCAGCUACAGAAGCUUGUAGCAGACAAAAAGGACAUGGUGGAGACGGUGAUGGAGGUGUUUGAACAGGGAGCUGAAGUCGUGGCCAGUAUCGCUGGCGACCUCUUCCCUGUUUUCUCCAUCGCUGCUCCCCUUGUUAAACUGGCUCUGGACAAUGUGGAGAGCAAAGAGGCCACAUUCAUGAAGGACCAGUUUCAGAAAGUACGGGAGCGUCUGGAGGUGGUGUCCGAGGAGGUCCAGCGGAUCAACGAAGAGAUCAAGAAGAGCGGAGUGGAUGCGGCGUACUUCUCAGUGGAGGAGAACAUCACUAACCAGUUCAGGAAGUACAUGGACAUCCUCAACGCCAAGCCCAAGUUCAGAGAAGUAAAGAAGAAGCUUUUCCUGGAGCAUUUUGCCAAGACGGGUGGGGAAAAAAACCUCAACACCCUCUACAACGCGGUGACGGGGGACAACUUCUCCGGGGAGUCUGUGCUGGAGAUCACCCUGAACUACGAGGAGAAAAGUCGCCGGGCGGUGGAAGACUUCUGCGCGAGACUAAAGAAGCUUCUCUGCAUCGGACUCAUCGCAGUGUUGGGCCAUGCCGCUCUGAAGGGAUAUGAUGAGGAGGAGGCACUUCUGAAAGACUGGGGUGAGAAGAUGAACACUGUCCAGGCUAAAAUGAACGCUGUGAUUGAAGACUGCAUCGUCAGCUUCCCCAAAUUGGCCGAGCAGGAUUCCCGUCGACUGGUCAGGGACCAGUCACACUUAACCAGCCAGCAGUUAGCCGAUGCCAUUAUAGAGAAACUAAAGAAGAAGUAUGACUGGGUGGGCUGGUCCGUGCGCAUCUUCAGGUUGCCUUCAGGCCUGUUCGCCAACAAGAAGGAUUUCCACUGCCCAACAGGGAAGAGUCGCUUCCAGGUCCCCUCGUCGGACGAGAAGCUGAACGUCUGGGUGUCCUACAGCUCCUCCUGUGAGCCCGUGGACAAGGGUCACAUCCAGCAGCUGAUCCAGAGUCAGAAGAAAGUCACAGUGGUGGGUGUAGCCGAGUUCCUGUUUGAACAGUUGCCCGGCGACUGCGUGGUGCACACGGUCAAAACCGGCAAAGACCUGGCCUGCUCCUGGAGCUUCUCCGGCGAGCUCCACUACUGGGAGGAGCACAAAAACAUCCACGUCUGCGUUCACUCGGCGUGAGGUUUCAGAUGCUCGAGGAGUCCUCAAGUCACUCGAUCUGUUUUCAGGUUUGCACAGAUCAUCCCAGACUCUCUUGCUGCCUCUCUGCUCGGGCCUUAGCAGUGAAACAUUACACAAUUACGCCUGUCUGUCUUUUGCAGGGGAGUUAUUCUCUUUGAUUCUUCUGAUCUCACACGGCUUUGCUUCGCUUAUUUCCCAAACCAGACACAAGUGCUCGCCACUUGGGUUUACCCAUAUUAUAUUUGAAUGUCUCUUUCUGGCAUGAAAGAAGUGGAUUUUGAAAAUUUGACUAAAUCUAAACUGACAGUUUCUCAGAAAACGACAGUUGCCAUCAUGUUCGGGUAGGCGUGGCUGUUUGGUUACAGGGGGAUGUGCUGGGAAAUACGUUAAUUUCAAGAAUCCAACUCUUAGCUCCUAAAGAGAUUAUGUUCUGCUGGUAGUGAUAAGCAGUGACCUCACCCUGUUGAGUACACGCGGCGUAUACUAAAACCACAAGAGGAAAAAUGUCUCCAGACAUUUCCAGAGACUGUAACCGAAUCCUUAAAGACAUCUUUUUUAAUUUAGCGUCUUGUGCCCAUCUGACAAAAACAAGUUACUGGCUGCACAAAAGCACAAAAACCAAGAGUUUCGGCCAUUUGCUAAUCAAACCUGGCAACUUUAUUUACACUCCAUGCAGCGAAUAUGCCGAGGCGCAGUGACGCCAACACUUUUGGCUUUUCACGUUGUGAAAUUUUCACUUUGGGGAUUUGUGGGAGAUAUAAAUCUUAAUUUGAGCAGGACACUGACACGUGAUGGAGACGCCGCAGAAAUAUUCUCGACACCAAUCAUCAUACAUCACCAAUCUUUUCUGGUUGUUUCAGAUAUAUUUUGUGUGUUAUUGUACACCACUGUAAUCUGUGUUUCCUUGUUUGUUAUAUUGUUGUUUUCAUCUUUUUUUCUAAAUUUCUUUAAAUGUUUUACUAUCUGACCAAAACAUUCCCAAUAUUCCCUUGAUUACUGAUGGGAACUGUCUCUGUUGCACCUUUGUUCUUUAUUAUUUCUACUUUCUACUUUACAUACGUGUGUUUGGGAUAUAUAGUCUCAGAUUGAAAAGGCUGUUUUGGUACAGCAAUGAAUGUAAUGCAUCUUCCAAAUAAAUUCAGUUAUACAUGGUC